AUGGAAAUCCAGGGUUUGCUCAAAGACUUGGGCAUCACUUUACCCAAAAGAAUCCCAUUAGCAAUUCAUGAGUCGGAUGAAGAAGCAUCUUUUGGGGAAGAAGACGCUGAAAGCGAGUCAGAAGAGGAAGAAGACCAGCUCGUUGAACCCAGUCGAGAAGUUGAGCCCAGUGGCACUGAUGACAAAGACCGCUGCGAGGAAGAGGCGAAAGCAGAAAUUCAUGAUCCUGCUGACGACUCUGUCCAUCAGCCAAAGGAGCCAAAGGACGUGGAUGCACGCGUAAAGCCAUCCUGCACUGCAUCGGCAGUACGUGAGCCCUUUGUCGCACGUCGCUACACCACCCCCGAAAGCAACUCAGGCAUGCUGUUUUCGCUGCAGUCUUGGAGCAAACCCUUCUUUUUGAACUUGGAUCAACUCUCUUAUCCCGGAGAGGCCCUUCGUGCGCACAGAGCUCGGCUACAGCGCAUGUUGAAGGUCAAGCAAUUGAUUGAGCUUCAAUUGAAGCUCAAGGAUUUGAUGCUAGCAAAGCAAAACAGUCAGGAAGUUCCCAACCCUGAGAACGACCAUUCAGCUCCAAAGGAGAAGUGCAUUGACAACGUGGACACUCUACCGAUGGAUCUUGACAAUCACUUCGAAGGUCAAGCUCCUGCUGAUAGCCAAGAGGAGGUGAAUGUAGAGAUUUGUCGCGGCAAGGUUUCUUUUGAACAAGAGACUGAGAAAGGGGAACGCGGAGAACCAUGUCUAAAGAUCGACGAAGGGAUGGUGGGUGAGAAGGCUUCAAAGGUAGAUCAACACAUGCCUCCACCAGCAUCAGACCAUGAGGGAAGGAGCUACAAGGAGCCUGCCCAGCCCCCACCAGAACUGGUGGCACAUGAGCAGGUCGCGCCGGAACCAACCAAGCCGCUUCCCGAAAGCCCGAAACAGGACAACGUGCCAACCCAAAAGGUCGAGGAUCCACACCCGGAGAAGCAUUCAGGCCCUGAAGCAAAUGGAAAAUCUCCUCGACUUGAAAUUGACGAUGAUGACCACCCUGGUGAGGAUACAAAUGGCCUUCCUGCAGGCUGGGGGCGUGCACAUUACUUGACUCCAGAGGAGCAAAGGGCAUGUGCCCCGAAAGCGAACCCCAAAAAGAAGCCAGGAAAGAACAGUGGUCCCCGACCCAAGCCGGAAACCAAAUCUCAGCAGAAGCCAGGCCGCAAGUCCAACUCUGUGGGUUCAAACAAAGAAUCACCGCCCAAUGGGCCUGCCCGGUCAAUCAAAAAGCGCAAGCCUGAACCAGAGGUUGAGCAGGCAGUUGCAGCAAAAAAGGGAAAGGACAAGACAGCCACCACCAGCUCCAGAAGCAAGCGAGGUGCCCAGGAGUUGCCAGAAGAAAUGCCCGAUGCACCACCCCAGAAAAAAACAAGGAAAGUGGACAUGUCGGACAAGGAGAAAUUGAGAAGCAAAAAGUGCAGCACAUACACCAGAACCUUGCAGAGGGAGCGUAAGAAGGGAACACCGGAGGAGAAGGCAAAGUCUUUGGCAAAGGAGGCAUAUGCAGCAGUCCAAACGCUUGAUGACUGAGCGCGGUGGCUACCCACUGCCGCAUGGCAUUUGAUCAAGUCGCUGGUGUUGAUACACACCGAGCCUUAAAUUUAAUUCUUUGACAUAUAUCAUGUUGGGGCUUGUGGCGGGCAACAACUGCUAGCUGCUAGGCUGCUUUUGUCGUGAACCUGCUACAACUGGGGUUUGGUCGUGCGAAA